AUGGCAGAACAACUACGAGUUCUACGCUAUCCUCGUCUUGUAUCCAUCGAAAAUUUUCGGAAACCGAAUUUCAGACUUGUUGCUGAGCUACUGGAAUGGAUAGUAAGAAAAUAUGAUGACCAAACUUCCUUAUCACUUUUACUAGAAACAGAACAAGAUCGAAUAUUAUUCAUCAAAUCAGCCACCUUCCACAUCUUUCAAAAAGCUCGAAUUAAGCUAAAUCCUAGAAAACUUUACAUGGCAGAUGGAUAUGCUGCGCAAGAACUUGCCGUAGUCAUUAAAAAUUUGUAUGAAAUAACUUAUCGCUCAACUGACGUGGAAUCAAAAGCUGUAACGACAACUCUUAAAAACGCUUUACUAAGCAAACUGAAUGAAAGAACUAUCACAAAAGUUCAAGAAGGAUUAGAAUAUGCUGAAGAAUUGCAUAAGUGUCGACAGCUAGCGCUUGAAAUCCCAAAUAGCGGCGCAACGUUGUAUGAUCUUUUGGCUAAAGAAUCCGUCGUAAAAGUAGAACGAAACAAAGCCUUAUCAUUCUCUUUAAGCUUAGUCGAUGCAGAAAAAGUUAUUCUGCGAGCUGUAGAGGCGUUACAAGAAGAAUUAACAACUGUAAAUCGCAAUGUAGAAAACGUAAGCUCAGAUGAAGCAGCAUUAGAUUCAAAAAUCCAACGUCGAACACGUGAAUAUGAACAGCAACAGAAACGUCUAGCUCAACUACAAUCAUUUCGCCCACAAAGUAUGGGUGAGUAUGAGAAACUUGAAGCAAACUUGAAACAACUGUAUGCCGCUUACGUACUGAGAUUCCGAAAUGUUGCGUACUUACAACAAGUACAAGAUCAGUUUGAUCACGAGGAGCAGCAACGUAACGCUGAUACUGAACAAAGAAUACGUGAAAAAGUGGAAUUUAUGCGUACGCCAGAAUUACUGCUACACGAAGCGCAGUAUUGA